AUGCUGCCACAGUUCCCCAAUAUUAAGGAUGUUGUCCUACAAAAUUCAGUGGACAGGGAUAAGCGCAUUCUGGACACAAUAAUCAGGGCCAAUUUCGAUGAGGUGCAGACAUUUCUGUUACACUUCUGGCAGGGCGUGCCGACACACCUCUCCUCUAUACUUGAGUGCAAUUCUGUGGUCAAUCUGAUCGGCGUUUGCGAUACAAUACUCUACAAAACCAUUGCUAAUGUAUUGCUUCCCUCUGUAUUGCAAACACUGCCCGAAAGUUUGACAAAAAUGAUGCGACAGUUCGCCUCGGAAUUGGACAGUUGGCUGCGGAUGUCUUUAUAUAAUUUGCCCGAAACCUUGCGAUCCGUAAAGUUAGAGUUGGCCCGACGUUUUGGUCAGGUACUCAAACGCCAGACAUCGCUCAACCACUUGUCUCAGGCCUCGCGAAUGGUUGUCAAUAAUAAUGAGAUCACUAUUCAAAUGCUUAGAGAUUGGCGUCUAAUAGACGUGCAAAACAUUUGUCGCGAAAUAUUAUGCGAUUAUUUUAAUGCCGAUAAUAACUAUACGGCCGGUACUACCAGUGGUCACAGUAGCACUUCCAGCACCAGUAGUAGUAAUGGAAGCAAUGGCAGUGCAGUUAUGGAUAACGGGGCCGACCCCUGUUGCUCAACAAUAAACUUAAUUACAAAAUUUUGUGAACAAUUUGAGCAUUUGCUGGAAGAGGAGGCGCAGAUCGAGAACUACUUGGAGUGGUUGGAGUCACUCCCGAGUGUGAACAGCACCCACUCGUCGACAGUCCGACGCUAUUCGCGACACUUUCUGCUCCUUUGGUCGGCGUUUGCAUCGCGUGUUAUCCGUGACAUGACUUUACACAGCGCUCAGAGUUUUGGCUCUUUCCAUUUGUUGCGACUAAUGUUUGACGACUACGUGCUAUACCUCAUUGAAUACGUCCAGUUGGACGAGCAGAUGAAACAAUUUCUUAAACUCAUACCUAAUAACGAACCGCCAGUUUUCACAGUCUUUUAUUUUAACGACACUGAGAUGAUGUGCAGUCAAGAUACGAGUCCAUCAGCACCGUUAGAAUAUGAGCCUACAGUGAGCAGCAGUACCGGUGACUUCGGACUCACGGAUAACCAAAACCAUGAGAUGAUUGGCUCGCAAUCGAGCAUCAGGUUCAACGACAUAACUCGACAAACUAUCCCUGUUGUGUAUAUAGAGCAUCAGGUUCAACGACAUAACUCGACAAACUAUCCCUGGUAUUCAGCAAACAUGAAUUCUAUGUAUGAGUUUGAUGAGCAACAAACAACCCAUACAUCCAAUGAUGGGCAGCAGUUGUGUACGACAUCCGGCCAGUUGUCUGUCUUAAUACCACAACAGCAACAAGUGGUGAGCGAACAGACCAUUGAUGAGUUAUCCGGCGUUAAUGGACACGAGUUUUAUGAUUGUAUCAAUUAA